GGCCCGGGGAGCGCCGGCGCGGACGGGCUGCGGAGCGAGCGGCGGCCAUGGACCGCUUCGUGUGGACCAGCGGCCUCCUGGAGAUGAACGAGACCCUGGUGAUCCAGCAGCGCGGCGUGCGCAUUUACGACGGCGAGGAGAAGAUAAAAUUUGAUGCUGGGACCCUCCUUCUUAGUACACAUCGACUGAUUUGGAGAGAUCAGAAAAAUCAUGAGUGCUGCAUGGCCAUUCCUCUUUCUCAGAUUGUGUUCAUUGAGGAACAAGCGGCUGGCAUUGGGAAGAGUGCCAAGAUAGUGGUUCAUCUUCACCCAGCUCCUUCCAGCAAAGAACCGGGCCCAUUCCAGAGCAGCAAGAACUCCUACAUCAAGCUCUCCUUCAAGGAGCAUGGUCAGAUUGAGUUUCACAGGCGUUUAUCAGAAGAAAUGAUACAGAGAAGAUGGGAGACUAUGCCGGUUUCCCAGUCGUUACAGACAGGACGAGGCCCCCAGCCAGGAAGAAUAAGGGCAGUAGGAAUUGUGGGCAUUGAAAGGAAACUGGAAGAAAAAAGAAAAGAGACUGACAAAAACAUUUCUGAGGCUUUUGAAGACCUCAGCAAGCUAAUGAUCAAGGCUAAGGAAAUGGUGGAGUUAUCAAAAUCAAUUGCUAAUAAAAUUAAAGACAAACAAGGUGACAUCACAGAAGAUGAAACCAUCAGGUUUAAAUCCUAUUUACUGAGCAUGGGAAUAGCUAACCCAGUGACCAGGGAAACUUACGGCUCCGGCACACAGUACCACAUGCAGCUGGCUAAACAGCUGGCCGGGAUACUGCAGGCACCUUUGGAGGAACGAGGGGGAAUAAUGUCACUCACGGAGGUGUACUGCUUAGUGAACCGGGCUCGAGGAAUGGAAUUGCUGUCACCAGAAGAUUUAGUGAAUGCCUGCAAGAUGCUGGAAUCGCUGAAAUUACCUCUCAGGCUCCGAGUUUUUGACAGUGGCGUCAUGGUCAUCGAGCUCCAGUCCCACAAGGAGGAGGAAAUGCUGGCCUCAGCCCUGGAGACGGUCUCAGAAAAGGGAUCCCUCACCUCAGAAGAGUUUGCUAAGCUCGUGGGGAUGUCUGUGCUCCUGGCCAAGGAAAGGUUGCUGCUUGCAGAAAAAAUGGGCCAUCUUUGCCGAGAUGACUCAGUGGAAGGCUUGCGAUUUUACCCAAAUUUGUUCAUGACUCAGAGCUAAGGGCUGUGUGUCUGAAACACCUUUCUUCAUGUACUUGCAUCAUGUAGAGGUUGUAUGAAGUUAGCUAAGAUAGGCACCCAUGGGCUGAGGAUUUCUUAGAGUUUCAUAAUCUAAUCUAUAACUUUUUAAAUUUCUCCUUGACUCGUAUGGCCCAGGAAGAUGCACAUAAUAAAAUACAGAGUAGGAAUGCCAACAUGGACUUAAAAUUAUACUGUAGUUGUGCAGAAUCCUCAGACUUGAAAGAUGAUGGAUUUUAUCUUGACCUUGGGUAAAGAAAAAGAGAAGCUGCAUGCUUAGACAGGUUAUUAUUCCAGUGUGACUAAAAUUCACUGAAAUGUAAAUGAAGUUUUUCUCUGUGUCUGUUGUGCCCAAUUGGGGGGAUUUUUAUGAAACAAGUCAUAUCUACUACAGGUUAAAAACCUGACCAGAAUGCCCACCUGCCGAUUGCCACAGGGGUUCCUCCUAGGGCUGUAUUUCAGAGGCAGUCAUAGCAUGUCUUCACCAGACCAACUAAAACGCCUUUUAAAAAGAGAAUUUUAUUUGAAUUUCAUAUUUUUAUUCCAACUAGUUUUUCAUUUUUUAAGAAAAAUGCUGAUUUCACGGUUGGCAUUUGAAGAAUGCAACUGUUGUCAUGUUUUUAAAAAAUGCUGUGGAUUUUGAAACUGAGUUAAAGAGCUGCAUCAACAUGCCCAAAGUUAGGAUUACAAAUUUGGGAGGUGGGCAGCUCAGGAAUGCCCUAGGACUGUUCUACAUGUACUGGGUCCCAGGCAACCACAGCGUUCUUUUACCUCAAAGCCAAGGAUGAGAAAUAGAAUAUGAAAAAUAAUAUGACUCCUUUCCUCCUCCCUUAAGGAGUUUCAGCACUUAAAUUUUUUAAAAAAAAUCUUUCUGUCAUAUUCCAGUAGUAUUUUUUCUUCUUUGCCCUCCACAUUAGAGAUUGUGUGGAUAAAACACCUCAGUGAAGUGUUCUUGAGAUGACAGCACACAACUCAUGUUGCCUGUGUACUGUUUGGGUGGCCCAUCCGACUUCAUGUGUGACUUGCUGUGUGGCGUGUUCCAGGUCGGCGUCAACUCAAACUCAGGGAACAAAGCGGGGACCUGUGGAAUGGAAGAGGACACCCCUUUGGAAGCGGAAGGGAAGUGGUGGUUUUAGCCGAGCCUGUGGAACGGGCAGUAUCCAUGCUAGGAGAGCCACCAGGACCUGGCACAGACAGCCCAGGCUUGCAUUCCCGGUUCCCCAGAUGGUCUCACUCCCACAGAUGGCCACUGCAGAAGCACCAGGGCCCUCAGCCACCCACCCAGGGCAUGCCAGUCCCUGAUCCUGGCCGGGAAAGCGUCUGUUGCUGCACCAUGCCCUCUGGUGUUCCCAGGCAUCCUGCUUUAGUCCUCAUUUCCCACACCCAUCUCUGACUAUUCAGUUUAGCCUCUGGUUUAUUUUGUGGGUAACCAGCAUCUGGCUGCUCAAGUUUUUGAGGGGUGAGAGUUGCACAAACCUGUCUGUCUUGUCUUUGUCCAGGUUCCUUACUCUCCCUGCCCUGGAAAACCUGCACACACGUGCACACUGCCCUCGUAUGUCCUAUCUCAUCUGGUUAAGGCUUUAAACACUAGAAAAAUAAACAUUUCACCAAUUGGGAAUAUGGUGAGUAGGACUGUUGGAGCUGCCGAUCUGGCUCUGAUGGCGUGGAUUCACUGCAGCAGGCAUACAUAACGUGUUCUUGUACUUGUUUAUGUAACAUAGAAACAGCAGUCAGAACUGUGUAAAAUAAAUUAAACAUACAGAAAUGUGGCACAUGAAUUUAUUUUGCAAAUGUCACAUUGAUUUAAAAACAAGUACGAUUCACUUUAUUAUUUUAUUCUUUUUAAAAAAUUUUAUGCUUAAAGUAAACAUUCCUCACUAUUUCCAGGUGUCUUAAUGAAUUUUUGUCCUUCUUUUUCUUUGCUAACUAAAGGUGUUAUUUUGGUCCUCUAUUAGUAGAGUUAUGUUCAGAUGCAACCAAUCAGGCCCUAAAUGCAAAAAAGUUCUGUCUUGGUGCUUAUCACUGCUAUAAUUAUUAUUUUUGUUUCCCUAACUUUAUUCUUAGAAAUAUGAAUCUCUUGGUAGCUUUAUGGUAUGGAAUAUUUCUAUUCAUUUGCUGAUAAGAGAAAAUUUUUUACAUUGUGUAAAGUGAAGAUUGUUUUCAGGGUUAAAUGAUUGGUUAAUGUCUAUAGAAUAAAAUAAUUACAAAGUUUUAAAGUGGUUUUUCUUGACUUAGUGUUCUUUUUAAACACUCUGAAACACCUAUGAAAGUGAUAGCCACACUCGGCAUAUACAUUAAGAACUUUUAGAUUUUAUACUAAGAGUUGCUUAUAAAUAUUUAUGGUGUCAGGUUCUAUUUUCAUUAUCUUUAAAGGAUGUGAAAUGAGUCAUGCCCUGCUUUCUGUGUUAAUUCUUGCUGUGACUUCAUGUGCUCGUGUGAAUGUGCUGUGUCUUGUUCCCUGUCACCAGCCUGACAGACUGUGGACUCACCUCACCCUCAUGCUUGGAUAACCACAGUGGCUCCUCCUGCCCAGCGUCUCAGAGCUUCAUUUUGGAAUAGUGGACUCACAGCUUAAAGACUGUCCAGGGACAAACUCGAGCACAUGCAAAAAUGAUCUUUGACAAUCUCUUACAAAGUUGCCAGUGAAGUUCUUUUCAUAGUCUUACUGUUUGUAUCUUCAUGGGAUGAAACAUAGGCAUGAAUACAUUGUACAUACAAUAAAUCCAGUAUUCAUAAUUACAUAUGUAAGUGUAUGUUGGAGUGAGGGUUGAAUUUUUGUGAAUCUGUUCCUGACUUCAUCCCUUAUGAUCAAUGUGAAGUAAGCCUCCACAAGGGCAGAGAUUUUUGUUGGGUGUGUUGGAUGCAUUCUUGGAGCAUGGAACAGGGCCUGGCACACAGUCGGCGUUCAAUCAGUGUGUACUGAAUUAGCAAAUUCCAGUAUAUAUGCCUAUUUACAACCUGGCUCCACUUGAUCCCACCUUAGCUCACAUUCAAUUCCGUUUACGAAGGGAAAACACACUUUUUUGCAUAAUGUAGACUUUGCAGGGUUGACGUGGUCGGGGAAACAGCCACGUGAGCAACCUGUACUGAAGAUGGAAAGAAGUGUGCACGUAGAAGGGUUCCAGGUGCCAUGCUGUGAAAAGGAGAGAGGAGCUUUCAGUUCUGCUGGAGAGUUCUGGAAAGGUGUGGUGGACAGCAAGAGCCUUAUAAACUGGGCACACAAGGACCGAGAGACAGUGGAAGGCAUGGGGUCACGGAAGAGUCUAAGAGAGACUUCCUGUUCCUGGACACAUCUGCCCUUGGCUGUCCAGACUUCCUUUCACUGCUUCUCACAUUCUUACCCACCUCACCCCAACUAACCCAAAUCAGAUUCACUUGCUCUAGAAAAGAAUGUGUCCAGUACACAGCUGUUUCCACAGUCUGUAGGAGUUACUGUCUGUCAUCCUAUAUACUUGAUUGCUUUAAUGAUCAUUUUGAAGCCCAAAGAAAACAGAGAAAGUGGAUUUCUUUUAAGUUCAAAGACUGUCCUGUAAUGCUUUU